AUGACCACAGGGCCCACUUCAGUACUGGAAACUCCACCCACAGCAGGACGCUGGUCAUGUUCUCUCACCUUCCCCAUCACUGGCAUCAUCAGUCUCCUGGGGCUGUUCUGGAAUGGGACCGUCCUCUGGCUCCUAGCUUUCCGCAUCAAGAGGAGUGCUUUCUCUGUUUACAUCCUCAACUUGGCAGGAGCAGAUUUCACCUUCCUGUGCUGCCAGCUCUUCUUUGUCUUGACUGACAUUCUAACAAAUUCUUCUGACGCUUCCUUGUUAACCCUCCACUUUAAGGUCGAGUGGUACUUUUACUUCACCUUCCCCAUAGCAAAACUCUUGGCCCCAAUAGCAUUUUCCUCGUACGCCAUGGACAUGAGCCUCCUGGCUGCCAUCUGUACUGAGCACUGCCUGUCCGUGCUCUGCCCCAUCUGGUACCGCUUGCACCGCCCAAAGCACCUGUCCACCAUCGUGUGUGUCCUGCUCUGGACCAAGUCCCUGUUGGUGUGCACACUGACAGGGAACACCUGCCGCUUCCUGUUCAGAGACUACAGUGAACAAGCGUGCUAUAAUCUCACUGUGGUCAGUGCUGUGCUGAUCCUCUUCUUGGUCUCUGUGAUGUGUGUCUCCAGCUUGACUCUGUUCCUCAGGGUCCAGUGUUUGUCCCAGAGACAUCACCCCACGAAGGUUUACAUUAUUAUCCUGCUCACUGUCCUUAUGUUCCUUCUCUGUGGCCUCCCCUUUGGAAUGUACUGGCUACUUCUAGACUGGUGGCAUCAAACAAUACUCCAAUCCCUGAGCCUUCCCUACUAUCUCACUGACAUUCUGUCCUGCAUGAACAGCUGCAUCAACCCCAUAAUUUACUUUUUUGUUGGGAGCUUCAGGCAGCGGAAGAAGCGGGAGUCCCUCAGGGUGAUCCUACAGAGGGCUGUAGGGGAUGAGGCAGAAGUGAACAUGAGAAAGGAGUCCUCCCACACUGAUACAAUGGAGUUGUUUGUCUGA